CCUUCGCCCACGAUGUCGACCGUCGUAGAGACACGGCCGUUGUCGCCGUCAAAGGUGCACCCGACACCCCCGCUCACGCCUCCACUCAAGAUGGACAAGCAGCUGAAGGAGGAGGUGCCGAUCGACAUGGACAUCCCCGAUAACUAUGUCGCCUGGACAAUCAAAAACCAGAAGCCACUCCCACCCGUCACCUGGAGUAGCUUGUACAAGGAGCUCAACUACCUGAGCUUGUACGUCCUCACCAUCACCCCCGCCAUUGCCAUCUGGGGGGCAUUCCAUGUGAAGCUGCGCUGGGAGACCGCGCUUUGGAGCGUAAUCUACUAUUUCAUUACCGGCCUUGGAAUUACCGCCGGGUAUCACCGGCUCUGGGCACACCGGUCAUACAAUGCGUCAAGACCGCUCCAAUACGCGUUGGCGAUGGCCGGUUCGGGCGCAGUCGAGGGGUCAAUCAAGUGGUGGUGCCGCGGACACCGAGCGCACCAUCGUUACACCGAUACCGAACUCGAUCCGUACAACGCGCACCGCGGCUUCUGGUGGUCGCACAUAGGCUGGAUGCUCAUCAAGCCGCGCCGAAAGCCUGGUGUCGCGGAUGUCAGUGAUCUAAGCAAGAACGAGAUUGUGCGGUGGCAGCACCGCUGGUACGUCCAGCUCAUUAUUGGAAUGGGCUUCCUGGUGCCGACGUUCGUUGCCGGUCUUGGAUGGGGAGACUGGGCUGGAGGUUUCUUCUACGCUGGAGCAGCGCGUCUCUGUUUCGUGCACCACUCGACGUUCUGCGUGAACUCCCUUGCCCACUGGCUUGGUGACACGCCAUUUGAUGACAAGCACACGCCCCGAGACCAUGUCAUUACCGCGCUGGCGACCAUUGGCGAAGGGUAUCACAACUUCCACCACCAGUUCCCCAUGGACUACCGCAACGCCAUCAGAUGGUACCAGUAUGACCCAACGAAGUGGUUCAUCUGGGUAUGCCAGAAACUCGGCCUGGCCAGUCACCUCAAAGUGUUCCCGGACAACGAGGUGAAAAAGGGCCAGCUCACGAUGCAGCUGAAGCGCUUGCGUGAGACGCAAGAGGGACUUGUGUUCGCUCCUGAUGUGAAUGAGCUGCCGAUCAUCAGCUGGGAGAGCUUCCAGGAGCAAUCCGGAAAACGUGCCCUUGUCGUCAUUGGUGGCUUUAUCCACGAUGUCUCCUCAUUUGUGGAGGAGCAUCCUGGUGGUCGCCACCUUAUCGCGAAGAACAUCGGCAAGGAUGCCACAACAGCGUUCUUCGGCGGUGUAUAUGACCAUUCGAAUGCUGCGCAUAAUUGGCUCUCCAUGAUGCGCGUUGGAGUUCUGAUCGGUGGUACGCAGCAUGGCCUGGACGACAAGAACAUACCGCCAUCGCAGCGUCUGCGUAUCGCACGGUACAACGAGCUCGGCUCAGGCAACGCGUCAUCGACGGCGGUGGAGGACAGUGAGGGUCUGCUCGGUUGACAUGCCGCCUUUUUCCCUCUUGUGUUUGUGACAUAGUUUUCACUCGAUGUCAUGUUGUGGCGGACAGGUUGUAGCAUAGAGCAAUGAGCGACAGGCCCCUAUGUGGUUCUUCUGUACAUCGAUAGAUGAGGAGUUAAAGAGCAUAGCGUAAUAAGGAAGAAAGUUACUCUGGGUAUCAUAAUUUCUGUCGGAUUUGAAGCUGAACACGUCUGGGACAAAAGCGCAAAGAGGAGUCGGCGAUCGAAUGGUUGACAGUUGAAC